AUGUACCCGUCGCUCGCUAUUUAUCGCCCUCGUUGCCUCGCAAUCUCGCUAUACGACCAAUAUGCGGUCAGCACAGCCACCAUCCUCUUCGCCUCCUCCCCCCGCCUCCCACCUCUUGCCUCCCCACCGCUUGGCUCUCCGCAUACCCGCUCUCGGCACCUCAAACCUGCCCGAAAGACGUCAAAAUCGGCACAGGCCCCAUCCGCGCGUCGAGCGCACCUGUUGGAUACGCGCCCAGCACAGCCACCCUCCCCGCCUCCCCGCCUCCCCGCCGCCGCCGCUGCCCUCGCUACGCGUUGCCUCCCUCAAACACCACGCAUUUCAACCCUCUCAAUAGCCUGA